AUGUACAACAACAACAACAACAACAACAGCGGUGGCGAUAACAGUUAUUCAAUUAAUUUUCGGGCAAUCCCGGCCCGGGAAAACCCAAAUUUGACAUGGAAGAAAGCAAAUAUAGCUCAUGUUCAAAAUGCCGAUACUGCUGGACAUCGGAGCGUAGUUGUCACUUCCAACAAGAUCAACAAUAACAACAAUAACAACAACAUUAAUCAUCAUGAUAAUAAUAAUUACGUCAAAAGAAGGUCGUUACUAGCUCUGACGUCAGAUUCUCUGAUGCACGGACACUCGGCACCGGACGUUCACGCGUCGCCAUCUUCAUCCUCCUCCUCCUCCUCCUCAUCAUCCAUCACCCAAAACUCCAAACCACACCGCAUCACAACCAAGAAGACAACUCAUACAAUUCACGUACUUCCAAGUUCCAGAUCGUCGAGUCACACAAGCAUCACAAACCACAAUGCUGAUGAUGAAGAUGAGGAUGAAGUUGAAAUCUUCAUCGGGCACCCCCCAACGAAGGGCGCAACCAAAACUGUUCAUCACGAUCUUUCCUCCCUCCAGCCCAACAUCUCCUCAUUAACUUCUGCUGAGGCAUCUAGUCACGUGAGCAGGUUUUCUCAGCAACAGCAGCAGAGAGUUCUGGACCAGCAAAUGCUUUACCAGCAAAAACUUGCCCAGCAACGACGACAGCAACAACAGCUACAACAGCAGCAACUGCAGCAACAACUUGAGCAGCAGCUACAAAAACCUCAAAGUCAUCAACAAUAUGCACAACGACUUCAAACAAAGGGCCUUACAAACAGACCCAACUCUGAGAGAAUACCCAUUUUCUCGCCCACAAAUACUUCAACAAAUUCAACUAUAAUGAUAACCUCCUCGUCCGUUGUUAAAAAAAGUAGCAACAAGAACAACACCAAUAGUUCAAAUAAUAAAAAUAAUACUCAAUCUGACAAAAAAUCAGACUUGGAAAUACCAAUCGUAACGGCCAGAGUGAGCCACAGUUACGAAUACAUUCGAACCUCGGUGGUUCAGCCGGGUUCUCUCAUAGGUCCGUGCACGUCUCAGGUCUUUCAGGUGCCAGCAGAGGAUGUUAUGAACUUUGACCCCGCUGAAAGGUUCAAACUCAUCUUGGAAGAUUUCAAAUCGCGUCCGAAUGAUGACGAGGACACUGUCGCUUCCGACGCUGCUAAAAAUAAUGCCAGGAAUAUUAAUGUUGUUAAUAUAACUACAAAACCUGUGAGCAGUGUUGCGAUGCCCAAUGAUGACGGCAACGAUGGUGACGACGACGACGAUGAACGCCCACAUUUGGCCACAAAUCUUUCCAACAACAAUAACGGUGAAAACGAUAACGACAUCACAUUUAGAAACAAAAAUAAUGCAACACUAGUCCGCGAUAACAAUAACCACGACACCAGUUUCACCUCUCAUCAAGUAUCUCCUCAGUCGCAACCCCAAAUACAGAGAACCUACCAGCAGCAGCAACAACUCAACAACAGCCUGGAAGAAUGUAGUGACCUCGACAUUACAAAUAAACCUUGCCCUCUGGUGCGCAAAAACUCCAUGCGUCGUAAGGAUAGUUCACCUCUCUCUAAACCGGAAACAGGUGGAAUGUUCCGGAAGGAAAGUCUUCUCAAAUCUUUGGCUUCUACUUCAAAAGAAGUGAAGAAGAGUUCUUCCCACAAAAGUAGAAUGGCGGAUCUCGGAUCGGUUGGGAACAAAAGCAGGGACAACAGCACAACUGCCAAGAAAGGAAGCAAACCACAGGAAAAGUUUACAGGUGCAUCAGCAGAUGAACCGAUGUCUGAAGCAUCUACAGAAUAUCUCGAGAAGAGUUACGAGAAAAUAGAGGUGGUCCUAAGGAAGGAAGAAGGAGGCUACGGCAUCACAUUGAGAGGUCAGCAGCCUGUUCUGGUCAACUCCGUCAGAGAGAAUGGAGUCGCUGCUAAAAAUAACGUCAGGGAGGGUGAUAUCAUAUUUAAGAUUAACGGCAAGCUGGUUGCCAAGCAAGGUCACGAGUCUGUUGUCAACUCUUUUCAAAUCAUCAACCAUUCUUACUCAUGUCAUAUAGUUGAAUUGUUUGUUCGUUGUAUUGGUUCCUACAACUCAUUUAAUUUCAAUACAAAAUGA